AUGUCAAUGACUUUGCCGCCAAAUCUCUUGCAACAAGAAAUUCAGUGCUGCUCUGUAACAUCGUACAUCAUCAUCAUCAUCAUCAUGAAGCUGCUGCGGCUGCUGCUGCUGCUGGGCCGCUUCCUGCGCCGCGACUUGCGAGUGGCCCGAGCACCUCUCACAGCCAACUCCUCAAGCCGAUCAUUGUUAUGCUUGUGCUCGUCUGUCGCCAGCAGCUGCUUUGGCAGGAAGCGUUUAAGGGAAGAGGUCGACUCUCUUCUCGCCUCCUCCCCGCAGGAGCAAGAGCUGUCCUACGUAGAAGGCUUCCUGGUCCCGGCCCAGGCUGAUGGGCACAUCGCCACGCCCUCGCAUCACCAGCAGCAGCAGACCGGCCCGCUCACAUCAGCGGAGGGCCAGGACACCAACAACCUUUACGUCGGGUCCUUGUCCCCAGAGUGGACUGAAGAGCUGAUUUCCCGCGAGUUCGGGCGCUUCGGAGAGAUCACUUCGAUCAAGAUCAUGUACCCCAGGAACGAGCAACAACGCCAGCGAGGCAUGAACAGUGGCUUCGUUCAGUUCAAAACGCGGGCGCAAGCGGAGUAUGCCAGAUUAAAGCUGAAUGGCAAGGAGUACUUUGGCAUGUGCUUGCGGAUUGACUGGGGGCGUGCAAUCCAGCCGGUCAGGAACAUCGGUGCCAUUAUGGGGCUUACACCCAGCGUCAUCAGCAAGCCUGCGCUGAUGCCGCACAUUGAGACCCCGCAGCCUUUGCCCAUGAUCACAGCCGGUGACAGCUCUCCUCAGGCCUCUAGCAGCUCGGAGAGGAAGUCCCGGUGGAACUUGGCAAAGACUUUGGUCGUGAAGGUUCCUGAAGACGAGGUUCUCAAGAAACUCAUCGACAAAACCGCCGAAUUUGUUGCGGAUGAGGGCUGGGACUUUGAAAAGCUCCUCCUCGACAAGGAGAAGGACAACCCGAGGUUCUCCUUCAUGUCCACGGACAAGGAAAACUUGGAGGACUCACUCCAUGUGUACUAUCGCUGGCGGACUUUCUCCUUCUCGCAAGGAGACAAUGACAUCUACUGGCGAGCAGAGCCGUUCCAGAUCUAUGAGAACGGACCGUUGUGGCAGCCACCACCAUGCGAAAAGCGCGUGGAGGCGGUGCCUGACAGCGUACAGAGAAUAGAGUUGGCCCUGCCCAGCGCUUCUGGCGGGCCAGCUUUCGAACUGCUGCGGCGAAAGCUCAGCGGCAGCGGUGCAAACGUGUCCACCAGCGGGAAAGACAAUGUCAUAGGCUUCAAUAGAGGCGCGGGCGGCCAACAAUUCCGCGCACUGCUUGGCUUCAACGAGCCAGACAUCCAUUCCCAGGCACACAUGAACCCCUGGCACGCAGCUGCGAUUUGGCCAGAGGUGGAGCAAGUUGCACGGAACUAUGGUGUCCAGACGCUGGUCAGUCCGGCCAUGUGCGGGGACAUUGGGAAAGGCACAUCCUGGAUGCAGCAGUUCUUGGAUGCCUGCAAGGGUUGCCGAAUCGAUGCCAUUGCCAUCCACAGCUAUUGGUGCAGCCUGGACGGCGUGCGGAACCUGGUUCAGCAGUACAAGCGCUUCGGCAAGAAGAUUUGGCUAACAGAGUUCGCCUGUGCAGCCCCAGGUGUGGACGUGUCCAUGCAGGGCCAGAUCAAGUUCAUGAAGGAUGUUGUGCCUUACCUUGAGCAAGAGGACAUGGUCGAGAAGUACGCUUGGUUCAGCUAUUUCACGAACGAAUGGUCGCACGGCAUCACAAAUCCCAACCCUGAUGCAGGCUUGGUGGACUGGAAUGGGGCAUUGUCAGAGCUUGGCCGGGUCUAUGUGAGUCUCGGCCACCGACGCCUGGAGGGUAAUGCGACUAUCCAGGACGUCCAGCCCAACGUGACUCAGCCAAUCUUCCCGUGA